UAUAUAUUGAACCACAACGAUUAGACACCAAAUGAGAUGUCUAUAGCUAACUAGGUAGCAGAAGAAAUAAUGGAGUGGAAAUACAGCAAUGAGAUGUCUUCCUUCUUCUUAUUUGAGGCCAGUGGAGACUCAGAGGGAGAGUUCAAUCACCUUGUUUCUACAGCCCAUUAUAAUGAUGAUGAUGAUGAUGCCGAGUCGUGUAGCUGUGACUCAAGUGAGUUGCUUGGUUUUCGUGGUGGCGUAUAUGAUCUGAUUGAGGUUGAUCAAGUUUGUAGUGAUCAUAUCCAUGAUGGUGGUGAUGUCAAUAUUGGUGGACACGAUGAUCAUCGGACUGCUGAGAUUUCGCCAAGAGAGGAGGGAGAAGAGGAAUCGAAGGGUGGUGGCGCUGAUGGAAGUGGGGAGAUGGUGGAUGAGGUGGAGAGGAACAGAUUGUUUUGGGAAACUUGCUUGGAAGUAGGGUUGCCCGUGAAUUACAGUACCUGGUUUUGAUGAGAGGAAGAGACCUCAUACAAAACUGGAAUAGAUUAGUUGCUUGCUUACUUGCUUAACGACCAUCUCGGGUGUGACCAUACGGAAUUCCUUAACCCACUCUAGAAUGUUUGACUAAGAGGUACUCUUGCGUGAUAGCCAUCGACCCGGAGGGAGGGACAACCCGUCACCAUAGCCCCAGUAGGGCACGAGUUGCAAAAGGGGCCUCUCACACGGCAUCUAGCUAGUUCAUCGAGGAGUACUACUACUGCAAGCGAGUUCGAACUCGCAAUUGCGUGGAGAGGGAGAGGGAGGUAAUUUCUCCCCACACCCUUCUACCAACUCGACUACCACCUUCUUCUUUUUUCGGUAAAUAACUCGACUACCACCUUUGGUAGUGUUUGCUUGCUGAGUGUGUUGUCUUGGUUUGUGUAUCGCAAAUUUCUGGCUGCAGACUUGCAUUUUUCUUAGUAUUUCUGUUCUGUCUAUUAUACCAAUUGCAAUCCUUGUUUU